AUGGCGCCGCACAACACGGGCCCACAAGGCUUGACAACCGGAACAGGCGGCGGCUACUUCACCGGAUCAUACGGCCAAACACUAAGCCCGCGUUACGAACCGGACGAGGGAAAAUAUGCGGACCCUGCCGAAACCCCGAUGGACGUUCGCCCGACUCCGGACAGCCACCGCAGACUCUUGAGCGACUCUUUUCUCCGCACCGAGAAGAGCGGCAGUAUUCGGGCAGAAAUCGCGAGAUGGCGUCCGAUUUGGCUCCGGCCCAUUGUCCUGCUGACCUUCCUCGCUCUAUUCGUUUUACUCGCCGUCGUUCUUCCCGUGAUGCUUUGGUACUCUCAGAACCAUAACGGACUCUUCCAGACUCGGGAGAGCCUUGUCUACCUGUGGCGCUUUGGUCCAACAGCAAUCCUGACCGUAGUAUUGUCUUUGUGGGCCAGGGUCGAGUUCCAAGUUAACCUACACAUGCCCUGGAUUGCUGAACGUCGUGCACGUGAACUCGGGAAGGAUGUAGACGUAUACGAUCUCGACUACACUGUCAUGAUAUCGCCCGUGGUCCUUUUCCAGUCGUUGAAAAGGGGGCAUUAUUUCGUCUUCCUGGCUGCCGUCGUAACCCUGGUCCUGAAGAUCCAGAUCGUUCUUGCGCCGUCUCUGUACAGCUUGGCCACCUUCAGAAUCACGGAAGAAGUUCAAGUCCAGCUCCUAGACUCGUUCAACACGACUGCCCCGCCGCAACAGUACACGGACGGCAGUGCGUAUUACAUGGCAAGAGCCCUAGACAACUUCGACAUGCGUUUCCCCUUCGGCGUCACCAAGGAUUUGUCGUAUCAGACCUUCAAGUUCGGCAACGGCACCGCUCGAGGUUCCACCGGCGCGCCGCUGACGGUCGACGUCGACGGUUACUUCUCCAAGAUGGAAUGCUUAAAGAUGGAGAGCUACACUGCCUCGGAGCCGACAGUCACCAACCUCAACUACUACACCUUCGACGUCGACCUCACGUUUCCUGGCUGCGAUGCGCGCGUGCCAGUCGCAAGCAACCGGAUCAUGCGGAACAAGAACAGGACGGAGCGCGGAGAAACCACCGGCAACUGGGUGGUCAACAUGACCGUCGGGAUGCCCUGCCCCAACCUGCCUCGGCAAAACAACCAGUCGCUGUACUACGCCGCCAUGUUCAGCCCUUCCGCCAAGAACUCCUCGCGGCCGGCUUUCCUCAACGUCGCCGCCGUUCUCUGCACAUCGACCGACUGGGUCUCAAAGGUUCGAGUGGUCGACGACGGCGUCAAUCCGAUGGCCACGGUCCUGGACAACCAAGUCAAGACACCGGUCAACUCCGAUCUCUGGACGAUGCUCAACUGGGCCAUGCCCGAAUCCGGCGGCCUCUGGGGCACUUCGGCCACCGGCAAUGUUGCAGGGCCGGUCGCCUCCCUCGCACGGUUCCGGGGCGAGUCGUUAGGGACCGGGCUGAACGUUUCGGAUCCCAAGCUGUACACCAACGAGAUGCUAGAACAUGCCGUCAUGGCCACAUCUCAGGCCUUGGGUCCUUUGCUGGGGCAUUAUCGUCUCCGGGCAGACAACGAGUCCCAACCGCUGACCACGGGCUUCACGAUCAAUACCAUUGACAGGCUGGUCGUCAACCAGUGGGUCUGCUGGUCAAUGGCGGCUCUUUUUGCUCUUCUUAGCGUCAUGGUCACUUUCGUUUUGCUACGGUACACCGCCCGAACCGCCAUCUGGCACAGGGAUCCGACGAGCAUCCUGGGCAACAUGAUCUUCUUCAAGGAACACCCGGACGUCUUGAGCCGCGCCGCUUACAGCACGCUUUCCACCGAGAACGGCUCGACGGAUUGGAGCCGUUCCGGCUUCACACCCAUGGUCUUGAGGGGCUGGGCAAGGGGUUUGUCCGCCAUUCUUACGCUCGCCGUGAUUGUCGGGCUCUUGUAUGCGCUCAAGGUUUCGGAAACCUCCGGCGGCCUCGCAACAGUGAGUGACGAAGGCUAUCUCCAUUUGCUGUGGACUUCGUGCCCGGCACUCGUCAUGCUCGGGAUCGCGGUGUAUGCCAGCUGUUGCGCGUUCGCCCACAAAGAGUUGGCGACCCUCUCUUGCCUCUCCUCACGCCCAUGCAGCGCAAGGGAACUGGACAUGUCGCUGCUAGAUAUGCUUGGCUUCCGGGCUCUCUAUCACUCGGUCAGACAACGGACAUGGGCAGUCACACUAUCACAGCUCCUGUCCAUCAUUUGCGCCUUCUUGACAACACUUGUGUCCGUCAUCUUCACGGUCGAGCAUAUCCCCGACUUCAAGACCGUCCAGCUCCGACAGGAAACCUGGUUCGGCUCGAGAGAUAUCGCAGGAGGACUGGACGACCUAUCCGUCUCCCGGGCUAAUCGACAGCUCAUCAGCAGCCUUGUCUCUCGUCAAGGCGAAGCCGCUCUGGCGUACCCCAGAAACACGUACGAUGACCUCGUAUUCCCCGUUCUCGGAGGUGUCGAGGGCGUUGCUGCUCCGGAGAACACAACGAUUACAGCCACGGUCCCAGCCGCGAAACUUCAUCCCGUCACUUGCUUCCAAGUCCCUACGGCUGACUACACCAUCGACAUCAACAACUGGACAGAGGAGACUACGUACUACAAGGCCGACAUUACCCAGUCCCUCAGCUGCCCAAACGGAUCUCGGGGGGAAAUAUUUGCCACGAUGGACAUGGGUUCCGCGACGCAUCGUCUCGGUCGCUCAUACGUCGCGGACAUCUUGCCGUCCCCACAGAAUCUCAUUAACCUAAACGGCGCUUGCAGACUGGGCCUAAAUGCAAGUGCUUACGAGUACGCGUCGUGGAGAUUCCUGACCUAUGCCUGGGGGGAAUACUCGAAGGAGAAGAACGACUUCAAACACUUUUCAAUGUGGAGAUGCAACUACACAUGGGUCGAGACAGCGACGGAGGUCCAUCUCACCGCCAAUCAAGGGAACUACAUACUGGACCCGGAAAGGCCUCCUCGGCCCAACUUGUCGACGACAAAACCGUGGAGCCCUCCAUUGGCUGUACCGCAUGUGGACAAUGAGUUCUCCGGUCGCGGAAUCUACUCCGCCUUCCCCAGCUUGACCCUCGCUAACUCCCUUGCCGGAUCGAUGGACGACCAGUUCAAGGCGUUGAUUGAGCCGUUCGGGCAGCUUCCGCUGGAAGCAAUAGGCGACCCGGUCCGAGACGACGAGAUCCUGCGGGGUCUGCAGCACAACUAUGGACUCGUCGCGGCCCAGCUCGCCAAUAUCGAAAACCGCUACAACCUGACCGAGAGCUCCAGGGACAGGCCGCCUCCGGCCGAUGGGCUCCCGGCGCUUGAAGCGACCGUGAAAGACAAUGGCCGACGCCGGCUGGUCCAGAACCCUCAAGUCACGUACGUAUUAGUCGGGGUGCUGGGCGUCGUGGCUCUCGCGAACGUCUGGGCGCUGGUCUCGGCCGCCUGCCGCCCCCUGGUGGGCGGGAGCUGGCUGUUCGACAUGGACGUUAAGGGCCUGGCCCCCGACGGGUUCCACAGCAUGGCGGCCAUGGGCGCACUGCUCCGGGGCUCGAACGCGCCGGACUACUUGCCUGAGAGCACCGAGCUGCUGUCUCCGGACGAGCUCCACGGCCAGAUAUCGUAUCUGAGAUUCCGAAUGGGAUGGUUCCGAAGGUCAACGGACCAAGAGAGGCUAUUUACCAUUGGUGUAGCGGGAACCAGCGACUUCCAGUACUUGGGUAGAAGGACGCCCGAGAUCGACAGUGGAGAAACCCAUGAAUGA